UUCCCUUACGUUAUGCGAAUGCGGUUAUGGGAACCAAGUAUUUGAUUAAAAAAUAAUAAUAUAAUAUACCAAUGAAAUGAAUUAAAGUGCACCAUAUAUCAUGUAUUCAUGUAAUGCGAUUAUGGAACUAAUAUAUGAUGAUUUAUAUGCGAGGAUAAACAUAAUUAUAUAAAAAAAAUUAUUUGAUUCAUUUUAAUGUAUAUUUUUUUAAAUAUAUCAUGUAUUCAUGUACAUAAUAUUUACAAGUGCAUAAUAAGUGUAAAAAUGUAAAUAUCUUUAAAAAAAAAAAAAAAAUCAUCAAGUUGUUUAAUUUCUCAAGAAUAGUUUACAGCAUUCCCAUUCCCCCAUAAGUCAGCCAAAUAAAAAAUAAUAAUAUAAUAUACCAAUGAAAUGAAUUAAAGUGCACACUUGUGAUUCCCCAAUAAAUCAAACUCUCACCUUCCCCAAGACCCCAACCCAACCCCUUUAGACAAUUAGACUUUCUCCCUCUUUCUAGUCUCUCUCCAAUUAAUUUCCUGAAACACCACCAUGAAAUCCUCCUCCUCACCUUACACUCCCAUCACCUCCUCACCUCCGCCAAGCAGUACGAGCACCACUCCACUCUCUGCCAACCUUGACUUCAUCUCCCGUGCUAAACACAACCUCUACAACAACCUUUCAGCACGUCGCCCAUGGCGUCAAAUCUUCGAUCACCACUCUCUCUCCUUCCCUCACAACCUCUCCGACGCCAUCUCUCGUCUCAAAACCAACCUCUCUUACUUUCGGAUGAACUUCGCCAUGUUUAUCCUUUUAAUCCUCUUUCUAUCUCUUCUAUGGCAUCCUAUCUCUCUGAUCGUCUUCCUUGCUCUCAUGCUCGCUUGGCUUUUUCUCUACUUUCUCCGUGAUGAACCACUCCAUCUCUUCUCCCGUUCUAUCGAUGAUCGGAUCGUACUCACGAUUCUCUCUGUUUUGACCGUUGGUUUGCUCUUGUUGACCGGUGCUACCGGGAAUAUUCUCAUUUCUGUUGCGGUUGGAGUUUCAAUUGUUGUCAUUUACUCGGUUUUUCGCCGCUCUGAUGAUUUGUUUUUGGAUGAAGAUCAAGCUGCUGCCGGCGGUUUACUUGCCGCUCGGACCUCUGUUUAGUCAAACUCAAUUCCUCCUUCUUCUUCUUCUUCCUGUUAGUCUUCUUUCGCUUGCUUUGACUUUUUUUUUUGAAUGUAAAUUUAGUUUUUAUGGCAUUUUGACAGUUUCUCGUCAUAUCAUAUGUUGAUGGUAAUUGGUGACUUGGUGUGCUAGUACCUGAUCCUGAUGGUGUAAUUGAAUUGUACCUAUUCAUUGUUAUGGUUCAUUUGUGAUUAUUUUGCAAAAUUA